AUGCACGUGAUUCGGGUCCAAGCACUGACCAAACUCAAUACACACGGCCCAACCAGCUCGAAGAACAGGUGGCUUUUUCUUUCGAACGCUUGUUUCUUUUCUUCUCCGAACAGAACCGAGAUCUCCGCACGGAUUAUUCUUUCCCUUGGACUCCCGUCGCCCGAACUAGGAACCGCCGGUGCUUACAGUCAGCUCCGUCGUCAAUCAUGUGCUUUAUCUUGUUGUGUUUCAUUUGGUGUAUAUAUAAGCUUGGGUGAAGCUUCGCAUGCAUCGUCACUCUGUGCAUCGCGAUAGCCACACAUUCUUAUCAUAUUAAGGCAUUAUGACCUUAACGGUGUGAUUCUUCUUGUUACAUCGCAGAUUCACUUUGUGUGUCUUAUUAGUCGCCAAGGCAAAGUCCGGUUGACAAAAUGGUAUUCAACUUACACACAGAAAGAAAGAUCCAAGGCCAUCCGUGAGCUUAGUGGGGUGAUUCUAAGUCGAGGGCCCAAGCUCUGCAAUUUUGUUGACUGGAAAGGAUAUAAAGUUGUUUACAAAAGAUAUGCUAGCCUUUACUUCUGCAUGUGCAUCGAUGACGAGGACAACGAGUUAGAGGCCCUUGAAGUUAUUCACCACUUCGUCGAGAUUUUGGACAGAUACUUUGGCAGUGUCUGUGAGCUGGAUUUGAUCUUUAACUUCCACAAGGCCUAUUACAUAUUGGACGAGCUUCUAAUCGCUGGCGAACUCCAGGAAUCAAGCAAGAAAACAGUCGCCAAGCUAAUCUCUGCACAGGACUCUCUGGUAGAGGUUGCGAAGGAGGAGGCAAGCUCCAUAAGCAACAUCAUUGCUCAGGCCACAAAGUAAGAGGCAUACUGAUGUGUCGUUUGUUUAAACUACUUUAAAGAAGUGGUUUGGUGUAAUUAGCUGAAUCCUAUACAUGCCCCUGUUUUUCGUGUUCUUUGACCAAACAUCUGUAGUACCUGCUGUGUAAAUCUGGUGCCUGCAUUUGAAGUACUGUUCCCCUUUAAUUUAGAGCUUCUUGUUUUACCUUGGACUUCAGUUUUCGACAAUCCAAAAGAGAAAAAAAAUGGUUGCUAUGGUGGUUCCCUCUCUUCAUGAUCAGUUCAAGCCUUCAAGGUUUAACCCAUUUCCUUGUUGGGAAAGAUAGUACCAUUUUGGUUGUGUAUCAAACACUACUGCAUAGUUAGCGAGUAAUGGUCGCUGAAAUUUUCUGCAUUUCUUUGGCAACCAUCUUGUGGUUCCGAAAGUAAAAAAAAAAAGAAAACAACUUUGUAAAUGGUCGCCAAAGGACUAUUUUCUGCCGCCGCUCCCACUGGUUGCAUUUGGUGAUUAUUUGGGAACAAAAUGGUCGCCGUGAAUUUCUGAGAGGUAUGAUACCCUGGUAUAGUAAAACCUUUAGCCACCACUUGUCUACUUUACUUUGCCA